AAUAUGAGGGUGGGACGACUCACUAGCGAAAGAAAGUAGGAUUAAAUGCUUCUUUUUCAUUUAGACUAGACACGAUCGAAUUGAAAUGCUCUGUUGAGAAACGUCACUUCAAACCAGAAUUUGGUUUAAAAAAAGGACCCGAGACAAAAAAAUUAGACCAAACCCCCUUAUGUCUGGUUUAUUAGACAAAAGCCCUAAAGAGUCAACUAAACCUUCCAAACUCUAAACAGAAACACUUGACAACAAAACCAAACCAGCUCAGGUCCACUUGACAGAGAAUCUCCCACAUCACAUCAAUGUCUCUUCCUCUUCGUCAGCACUGCCUAACCCCCACAAAAUCUCAUCUUUCUCCCCAAAACGCCCUCCCUCGCCGGAGUUUCCUCAAGCUCUCCGACCGUCGUCAUACUCAAACUCCCCCUCCACCGCAGCUCACCAUCAAAGACCAGAAACCCAUUUCUCACAAUCGCUCUCUCUACUCACCUUCACUCGUCAGAUGCAGCACAGACCACGACGAACCUCAGUCACCGCACGACGAAAAGAUCCAAACUUUACAGAAACCCAAGAACGGAAAGAGCUUCUGGGCCGCCGUUAGUCUGAUCAUCGGAACCGCCGUGGGCCCGGGAAUGCUCGGCCUCCCAGCUGCAACCAUCAGAUCCGGUUCGAUCCCAUCUACCAUAGCUUUACUCUGUUCUUGGGUCUACGUCAUCUCCUCUAUCCUCCUCGUGGCUGAGCUCAGCUUCGCAGCUAUGGAAGAAGACAAUGCGUCAGAGGUCAGCUUCACUGGCCUUGCAACUAAAUCAUUCGGGGAUAAGUUUGGAGUCUUUGUUGCUUUUGUCUAUGCUUCGCUGAGUUUUGCUUUGAUGGUUGCUUGCGUGUCUGGGAUUGGCUCUAUUGUCUCUCAAUGGUUUCCUACAAUGAACCCGUUAUUAGCCAAUGCUAUCUUCCCUCUAGUCUCCGGAGUCUUGAUCGGUUUCUUCCCGUUCAAUGCCAUUGACGUCACCAACAGGUGUCUCUGCUUCCUCAUGUUGUUCUCUAUAACUUCCCUCGUUGCUAUAGGUUUGUCCGUGGCUCGGUCCAACGUGUUGGCUUCGUUUGGUCAGUCUUGUUGGAAGGUUUCGGCGGUUUUGCCUGCGGUUCCCGUUAUGGUGCUGACGCUGGGGUUUCAUGUCAUCACUCCUUUUAUAUGCAAUCUUGCUGGGGACUCGGUUUCGGAUGCUCGGAGAGCGGUUCUUGUGGGCGGUGUUGUGCCGUUUGUUAUGGUGUUGUCGUGGAACCUCAUUGUUUUGGGGCUCGCGAGGAUCAAACUCCCUGCGGGUUCUUCUUCGGCUGUUGACCCUAUCUCGCUUCUUCUGUCUGUGAACCCUUCUGCUUUGUCUGCUGUUCAGGGUUUUGCUUUCUCGGCGUUAGCCACUAGUUUGAUCGGAUACGCUGUUAGCUUCCCGAAACAGCUUCUUGAUACAUGGAGGCUUGUGUCUAAACAAUCAAAUGGAACUGAUGGGAGAGCUCGUGAUGGAUUCGAAGCGGUAGUGAUGCUGUUUGUGCUUGGAGUCCCAGCUCUAAUUGCAACGUACUUUCCUUCAACGUUUUCGAGGGCUUUGGAUUUUGCAGGUGUUUAUGCGAACUGUUUUCUCUUUGGUGUACUGCCUCCUGCAAUGGCUUAUAUUCAGCAGUCUAGAAAGAAGCUCAGGUCAUGGGUUCUUCCCGGAGGCAACUUUAGCUUGUUGAUCUUAUUUGUAAUCGCUGUUAUACUGGGGAUAUGGCAUUAGAGAGUCAUCAAACAGAAAUGGAAGGGAAUCAACUUUAAAAUGAGGGGUGCAGUGCUGGGACAGGAAAAUCAUCUGGUCCAUACCUUCCGGUUUCGCCUAGAAAGCAUGUGAAAGCUCCAGCUUCUUUCCGACAUGCUAUCUGCAGAAUCGAGCAAAGAACGAUCAACUAUCAGUCAUAAUGUUCACUUAGUAAGUGAAGAAAUGUUCCACAUGCUAUCUGCAGUUACUGAAGAAAUGUUUCGAACCGGAAUGGAUAACGAAUCGAAUCAAAAUUUAUAUAUUUAAAGUUA